AGCAGAACAUAAAUGCGGGUGGAGGUAACAAUACGUGCUCAGCCCUCCAGAUGUUACCGCCCUGUAGAGUCUCACACUGCAGCAGUAACCAUGGUGUGGACGAUAAAACAUCUCUGUCUGCUACUGCAGAUGUGGGGGAUCUUUCAUAUAGGAAAGUCUGAGUGUGAGGUGCAAUCUCUAAGUGAUAUGGUGUUUGUACCAUUCGGAGAAGUGGCUCUGUUGAACUGCUCGUAUACCUGUGGCCCAGUGACCUGGAAAAGCAGAUUAAGAAAGAUCAAUACCUACACUGGGCCCAACUGGCUGUCUACUGAAGUCCUAGUUGAUGAUUGGGAGACAUCAGAAGCAGUUUGUAUCGAUUUAUCAAAUAGUGAAAAUUUUACGCAGUCCAAAGUCUUGGUCAAGGCUUAUGUACCUCCAAGUAACGUCACCAUAGACCUCAACGAGGAGUUGGAGGAAGGGAAGUUUCACCUUCUACAGUGCAGAGUGUAUGAUGUGGCUCCUGUGGAACAUCUCUUGGUCUCUGUGGUUAGAGGGGGCAAGGAAAUUCAGCGUUCAACAUUUAAAGAAGAUCUACGUCAGGGCAAGCAUACGGUGAUGGUGAGGUAUGACGUUAUGGUUAGCCGCAGGGACAACCUUCAGGACUUCUACUGCUUGGCCACUUUACAGCUGGGCACAGGACUGGAACAAGUAGUGCAGUCCCCUAGUGUCACCAUAAGGACAUAUGGUCCACCAAGUGUUCCAUCAAUCACCGUUGCACCCUCCUCAACUAUAAAGUCUGGGGACUCCUUCACCCUAACCUGCCAGGCUGACGGAUCACCUGACCCCAUUUACCACUGGAACGUGCCCCCUGGUGCUGUGAUGACUUACUCACAGAAGAACAGCACAGUUAAGUGUAGCAGAGCUGAUUCUGGACACAACGGUACCUACCAGUGUGAGGCCAGGAACACACAUGGACGAACUCGAAGUCACCAGGUCAUGCGUAUAACCAACGGUGAGACCUGUACAAGUCUGGCAGCCAUCUUGUUCUUUACAGCCAUUUUGGUCCCCACGCUCUGUAUCUGAUGACAUGAGACAAUUGGCUCAGGCUGAAAACUUCAGCACAAACAAAUGCUCUUUCUACUCAGAGAAAUUGAAAAUAAGAGUUCAUAUUUUCAUAUUUAAAAGGGACUGUCACAUACAAAACUGUAUUUUCGUAAAAAAUAAAUAAAAAAAUAGGACAUUAAAGGGGAGAUUCAAGUGUUUGAAAAGUCAGUUGGGAGUCUGUUUUUUUCCUGUCUAUUAGAUAGGAAAAAACAGACACCCAACCGACUUUUCUGACAUUUGAAUCUCCCCCUAAGAAUCAAACUACCUCCAUAUUAGGAUAUAUAAAACGAUUCCAAUCUGCGCCUUCUGUGUCUAAAAAAAUGCUGAAGCUAAUUUCCACUGUAAAAAGGCACACCCUAAGCCUGGAUCACAAUAUAACAUAAAACAACAGGGUAAUACGCGCUUUACUUGUUCUAUUAAAUGAAGACAAAGUUUCUCGCUUUCUGCCUUCUGUGUUCUGAGAUCUCCCCAAGGACAAACACUUACAUUAGUAUUCGCCCCCGCCUUCACAAAAAGGUUUCUUUCUAUGCUUCCACCAGAUUAAAACGGUUUGAUAGAAAAUCACAUGUAAUGAUACUUACAUAUGAAUUCAGACUCGUGUUCCCAUAGCAGGUUCUUUAAGGCCCAGCAAAGAAAUCCUCAGAUGUCUCUCACUUUCAAGAUGACAAGGAUUUAUUAUUAAAAAAUGUAUAAAACACAAUAAAACAGUCGCAUACACGGUAAUAUUUCAGAAAAGGACAUGUGGAGGAUGGCAUCGGAGUAGUAAUGUUGAUAGUCGGGUCCCCGCAAUCCUGCAGUGAUGCCGGGACUCUCUCUGUCUGCGCUGUUAAUGUGAGUGGAUAAUAGCUCCAUGUAGUCAGUGCCUCCGUCCUAAAACUUUGACGCGUUUCUGGGAGUUCAACUCCCCUUUGUCAAGAAGUGCCCUGUGUUGUUUUAUGUUCUAUUUUGUUUUAUGUUAUACCUCCAUAUUAGGAUCACUCUCCUCCAUAUCUGAUUUUUUUUUUUUCCCUAAGAGACUGUUCAAUUUAGAUUCAUGUGUGCAUUAAAUGAAUCAUGAGCAUGCAA